AUAUGCUGUGAUCGCUUUUGGAUGUGCCAGCUGUCCCAAACUUACAUGUGGACGAGAAGGCUGUGGAACUGAAUUUUGCUACCACUGUAAGCAGAUUUGGCAUCCAAACCAGACCUGCGAUGCUGCUCGCCAGGAGAGAGCUCAAAGUCUGCGCCUGAGAACAAUUCGUUCUUCAUCUAUUAGUUACAGCCAGGAAUCUGGAGCAGCAGCUGAUGACAUAAAGCCAUGCCCGCGCUGUGCUGCUUAUAUAAUAAAAAUGAAUGAUGGAAGCUGCAAUCAUAUGACUUGUGCUGUCUGUGGCUGUGAAUUCUGUUGGCUAUGUAUGAAAGAGAUCUCAGAUUUACAUUAUUUAAGCCCAUCAGGUUGCACAUUUUGGGGAAAGAAACCAUGGAGCCGUAAGAAGAAAAUACUGUGGCAACUAGGGACGCUUGUUGGGGCUCCUGUAGGAAUUGCCUUAAUAGCUGGCAUUGCUAUUCCUGCUAUGAUUAUUGGAAUUCCUGUGUAUGUGGGACGUAAGAUUCACAAUCGAUACGAAGGCAAAGACAUGUCAAAGCACAAGCGAAACUUGGCUAUAGCGGGUGGUGUCACCUUAUCUGUAAUUGUUUCUCCAGUUGUAGCUGCAGUAACUGUAGGUAUUGGUGUUCCUAUUAUGCUGGCUUAUGUGUAUGGAGUUGUUCCAAUUUCCCUCUGCCGAAGUGGAGGCUGUGGUGUGUCAGCAGGCAAUGGAAAAGGUGUCAGGAUAGAAUUUGAUGAUGAAAAUGACAUAAAUGUUGGUGGAACAAAUGCAGCUGUAGAUACCACUUCAGUGGCAGAGGCACGUCAUAACCCUAGCAUAGGUGAAGGAAGCGUUGGGGGGAGGUUUAGCCACAUGGAUAGAAUAGGAGCCAUUCGAGACAACCUAAGUGAAACGGCUAGUACCAUGGCCCUGGCUGGGGCCAGUAUAACAGGGAGCCUCUCGGGAAGUGCAAUGGUUAAUUGCUUUAACAGACUGGAAGUACAAGCAGACGUGCAGAAAGAACGAUACAGUCUGAGCGGAGAAUCUGGCACAGUUAGCUUGGGAACAGUUAGUGAUAAUGCCAGUACCAAAGCAAUGGCAGGGUCCAUCCUGAACUCCUACAUCCCUUUGGACAGGGAAGGCAACAGUAUGGAAGUGCAAGUGGAUAUUGAAUCAAAGCCAGCCAAAUUCAGGCACAACAGUGGAAGCAGUAGUGUUGACGAUGGCAGUGCUGCAGGUCGUAGUAAUGCUGGUUGUUCAUCGGCCUGCUUGCCAGAAAGUAAAUCCAGUGCCACCAAGUGGUCCAAAGAAACAACAGCAGGAAAAAAAUGUAAAGGUAAGCUGAGAAAGAAGAGUAGCAUGAAGAUAAAUGAGACACGAGAGGACAUGGACGCCCAGCUGUUGGAACAACAAAGCACAAACUCCAGUGAAUUUGACUCUCCCUCCCUUAGUGAUAGUAUUCCAUCUGUAGCAGAUUCUCACUCGAGUCAUUUUUCUGAGUUUAGCUGCUCAGAUAUGGAAAGUAUGAAAACUUCCUGUAGCCAUGGUUCCAGCGACUAUCAUACCCGCUUCACCACAGUCAGUGUUCUCCCAGAGGUGGAAAAUGAUCGCUUGGAAAACUCUCCACAGCCCAGUGGAAUCCCUGUGCCUGUUCCAACAGCCCCAAGCACUGAUGUUCCACAGCUGAGUUACAUUGCUGAGGAAAGCAUUAAUAAUGGAUCUUCGAAAGAUGUAGAUUUAAGUGUUGGUGAAACACUGAAAGAAACAAACAACAACCAUUCACAACAUGCUGUGGAAUUAAGCACUGCUAUUCAGACUGAAAUUUAAACCUCUAAGUGCUGCAAAAAUAUAUUUACCACUAAAGAACCCUGUCUGAAAGCUGGUUGAAUGACAUGUGACUUCCAUAAGUUUCAGGUGACCAGCAGAAGCAAGGUUUUGAUACAACUGCAUUUUAUAUAUACUUGUCUGAUAAGGCGAAAUACUUCAUAUGGAUCUUAGACCUGUGUGAAGAGACAUGAAGGCUUUAACCAAGUGCAUUACAGCAGUACAAAUACGUCCAUGUUUUGUAUUUUUGCCACAACUUUGCUUGAAAGCAUAUACUUGGUGUAUUUAGAUAAAAAUUGGUAAAUUCUUAAUAUGUUAAAUGCUGAAAUGAAUAAUGUCUGCACUGUUCACUUGGAAAAUAGUGGGGUUUGGGAUAAAUGGGUGUUAGCUUGAGUGUUAGUGACUUAAAACCAUUCUUGUGUGAACUCUGUUUAAGGGAAGCAAAAGUUUUGCAGAGACCUAUACAAACAUCUCCAACAGUGGAUAUUCAUAAUGAUGACUUUGUUUCAUUACUGGGCACACUGUAUU